AUGAAUCAUUUAGAGGUAUUUAAAUUCUGUAAAAAUCUUGGCUGUUGUGAUAUAUGUUGUAUUCGUUACAUGGGAUACAAGAAAUAUAGUGUUUACGAAAAUUCUAAAACAUUUGUAGAACAGUAUCAAGAUGCAGCUAAGGACAAAAUUCUAUGUAAUAAGGAUAGUAUUACUAGUGAAACUAUUAUAGCUGAAAAUAAUGAGACAGGUACAGAAAUAAUGAAUGUUUGUGUUACAAAUCAUAAUUUGGAUAUUAAAGAAUCUGAAAAACAGGAAACCAUAAAUUUUGUUGAUAAGAUAAUAGAAAAUUAUGAAGAAAAAAGUGAAACUCCACCAAGUAAGAAACGUAGGUUGGAUGUAUGUGUAAGCUGUCUUGGAGUAUUGCAAGAAGAAUUCUGGAGAGAUACAUUUGUGGAUAUCAAAGAUAUGAUUUUAAAGAAAGGUUAUGAAUGCAAAACCUACACUUGUGGACUCUCUGCUCCCAUAUCAACUAUACUAAGAGAGAAAAUAAUAACAUUAAAAAUUGUUGAAGCAUUUCCAGAAUAUGAUCCUACUAUAUACACACAGCUCAAGGAUGCAUGGAAAAUGUCUUUCAGACCUAAAGUCGCUGAUUUUAUUGACAAGUCAUUUGAUUUGGACUCACCAUUGCUCAUCAUGGUACAUUUGGAUUAUCCCGAUGAUUUACAGGAGUUAGAAGUCUUAAAGAAAGUUGACCCAGGUCUUUUUGAAAACCGCAAUAAAUAUAAGAGAAGAUUUCCUACAGAAUUCACGAGGCAGUCAGUUGAACAGGCUCUAGAAGAUGUCAAGCUCUCAAACUUAAUGUCUUCAGGUGCCCAAUUAACAGUGAGAGGCCACGCGCAGUGCGUUAGUGUUGUAGGUGCGCAUGCGCCGGUCUAUUUGGGAGGCAGAUAUAUAAAACUAAGCAGAAAUCUACCUCAAACGCCGUGGAUUUUAAAGAACGUAAGAGUACUACCGAAUUCAGUAGAAGAAAUCAUAUUUGAACCUCUCGCGAAACUGUUAAAGUAA